AGUCCGCCGGUCACACCCGCCUUGCUAUUACUUUCCACACAUCCAUCUCGCGACUCCAGUCGCCCCUAGGGGCCUCUGCGCUUUCGGGCCCCGCCUCUCGUCUCCAAUUGGCCCCUAACUCGUCCCGCCCCCGCAGGCAAAUCUUCCCUUGUGGUUGGUCAGCGGUGAGUCUAUGCGAGACCUGACCCAAUGGACGCUAGAGUUCGCAGAACGUGACCCGGAAGUUGGCCCUGAGCAGGCGCCGUUGGCUGUGGACGCCUAACUCGCGCGCUGAGACUUCCGGCUGGGAGCAGAAUGCCGAGUGCUGCGUGAGUCCGCGACGAGGGCAAAACCGCGGCUCUCACGUCCUGUCUUAGGGAGGUCCUGGCGGGACGGCCUAGGGGGCCGGCGCGGCUACGCUCGGGACUGACUGGGGUCGAGGCCCCGGAGCUGGCUGCGCCGAGGCUGGAGCUGGGGUCCUCGACCGGGACUUGAAGCACCAGGCCCCCCGGCAUCUACCGACGCUGGCCAUACUUGCGCGGGGACGGGGGCGCCUUCCUAGACGGGCGCAGCUGGUUUCGGGGCCAAGGCGCUCCGGGGCUUGACGAUGGCGUCGGGCCCGGGCUCCCAGCACCGUGAAGGGCUCCUGAUAGUGAAACUGGAGGAGGACUGCGUCUGGAGUCACGAGCUGCCCCAGCCAGACCCAGGGCCCAGUCCAGAGGCCUCCCACUUGCGCUUCAGACGGUUCCGCUUCCAGGAGGCCGCUGGGCCCCGGGAAGCCCUCAGCCGGCUCCAGGAGCUUUGCCAUGGGUGGCUGCGGCCUGAGAUGCGUACUAAGGAGCAGAUCCUGGAGCUGCUGGUGUUGGAGCAGUUUCUGACCAUCUUGCCCCAGGAGAUCCAGAGCAGGGUGCAGGAGCUGCAUCCGGAGAGCGGCGAGGAAGCGGUGACCCUUGUGGAAGAUAUGCAGAGAGAGCUUGUGAGACCGAGGCAACAGGUCACAAACCAUGGGCGGGGAACAGAAGUGCUUUUGGAGGAGACUUUGCCUCUGGAAACAGCACGAGAGUCACCGAGCUUCAAGCUGGAGCCAAUGGAGACUGAGCGAAGCCCUGGCCCCAGGCUGCAAGAGCUGCUAGGCCCCAGCCCCAAAAGGGACCCCCAGGCUGUAAAGGAGAGGGCAUUGUCUGCUCCCUGGCUUUCACUCUUUCCUCCUGAAGGAAACAUGGAAGACAAGGAGAUUACCGGGCCUCAGUUGCCUGAGAGCUUAGAGGACAUGGCUAUGUACGUCUCCCAAGAGGAGUGGGGGCAUCAGGAUCCUAGUAGGAGGGCCCUCUCCAGGGACACGGUGCAGGAGCGUUUUGAGAAUGUGGACUCACUGGAGUCUCAGGUUCCUAGUCAGGAGGCCCUGAGCACCCAGGUGGAACAAGGAGGAAAGCCAUGGGAUCCCAGUGUUCAGAUUUGCAAGGAGGACCUGAGCCCAAGAAGCCCAGCUCCAGGGGAAGAGAAAUUUGAGAACCAGGAAGAAAUUGCUGAGUCCGUUUCCUCUGAGAGUGUCCACCCUCAGGUGCUGCUGCCUGGCCAGGCCAGAGGAGAGGUGCCCUGGAGUCCUGAGCAGGGAAGGCUUCGGGACAGGGCAGAAGGACCUUGGGAGCCUCCCCCAGAGGAUCGGAUGGAGCAGUCCUUAGUGGGGGCCAAAAGUUGCAGGGAACUGGGGCGACCAAAGGAACUGCAGCCGAAGAAGCUCCAUUUAUGUCCAUUGUGUGGCAAAAAUUUCUCAAACAACUCAAACCUAAUUAGGCACCAGAGAAUACAUGUAGCAGAAAGACUGUGUAUGGGUGUGGAGUGCAGUGAAAUCUUUGGUGGGAACCCACACUUUUUAUCACUACACAGAGCACACUUGGGAGAAGAGGCCCAUAAGUGCCUCGAAUGUGGAAAGAGCUUCAGUCAGAAUACUCACCUGACUCGCCAUCAGCGCACCCACACGGGUGAGAAGCCCUAUCAAUGUAACGUAUGUGGAAAAAGCUUCUCUUGCAACUCCAAUCUGCACAGGCACCAGAGAACACACACAGGUGAAAAGCCCUACAAGUGCCCCGAGUGUGGGGAGAUCUUUGCUCACAGUUCUAACCUCCUUAGGCACCAGAGAAUUCACACAGGAGAGAAACCCUAUAAGUGUGCCGAGUGUGGGAAAAGUUUCUCUCGAAGUUCACACCUUGUCAUACAUGAAAGAACUCACGAGAAAGAGAGGCUUUACCCCUUCUCUGAGUGUGGGGAAGCAAUAAGUGACAGCACUCUCUUUCUUACAAAUCAUGGAACCCACAAGGCAGAGAAGAAACUCUUUGAAUGUUUGACUUGUGGGAAAAGCUUCCGGCAGGGCAUGCAUCUCACCAGACAUCAGAGAACGCACACAGGAGAGAAACCAUAUAAAUGUACCCUUUGUGGGGAAAACUUCUCUCAUAGAUCCAACUUAAUCAGGCACCAAAGAAUUCAUACGGGAGAGAAACCCUAUACCUGUCAUGAAUGUGGAGACAGUUUCUCUCACAGCUCAAAUCGGAUUCGUCAUCUGAGAACCCAUACCGGAGAGAGACCCUAUAAAUGUUCUGAAUGUGGAGAAAGCUUUUCUCGGAGUUCACGCCUUAUGAGUCAUCAGAGAACUCACACCGGAUAGAAACAAUGGGAUUUCUUUUUGGCCCAGAUAAGGUGGUAUAUUCAGAGGGUCCUGUUGUGAAGAGCUGGUAUUCCUUGUUCAACUGACCAAAUGAUCUGUGUUUUUAAGGUAAUUAUUAUAAAGAGUAACCAGGGGGAGGGUCACUGUGAGGGAGGUACAGAGGCAGCACAGGAUUAGCAUAAAACUAAAAAGGAAUUUUGCCUGAACUAGUGAGGAUGGCAAGUCUUUAAGGGGACCUGCCCAGGGUGCACCUACCCCCUCAGUAUAUUUAGCCAAGUUGUGAUUUCGGUGCCUUAUUGUGUCCAGUGUCUAUCCCAACAACUUUGGGAAUCCACGUGACUUUCCAUUACUGCUUCCUCACUUGUGACAUGCAGCAGGAGCAUUUGGGUGUCUGAGGCCCUGAGACCAAAGAAGAGGGGCCAGGUCUCCUGGGAAACCAGCUGGAGGCGAUGAAAGACUGGUGGUUGAGUUGCAGCUCUCACAAAGGCCCUGGCUGGGAAGCCAUGGGCAAUCUAUGGCAGCCACCACAGCACCCCUCAAUGGCCCCCUCAACCCCAGGAGGGCCCAUGGGCAGGCCAUGCAUGUAAAUGUCACCUCAGACAAAAAGGAACCAGAGACCUAAGGGAAAUAGCAAGAUGGAAUUUGCAGGUCAGCCCAGGAAUUGGCAGAGGAAACUGGAAUCUGAAUUAGCUUACCUUUUGCAGAGAUCGAGACUUCCCCCACCUCUGUCAGAGGAAGAUAAACAAAGCUCCAGAGUCUUCAGUGGGUUCCAUGGGAGACUUUGAAAAUGUGGAUCCUAGGGAAAUUAAGGAUCAUGCCUUUCCCUGUUGAAAAUAUGUUUGGAUGGUAAUAAAUAUCUUCUGGAGACAUGAAAGUGUGUGACUCUUCCUUGAGGGCCUUUGUCUUAGCCUCCAGUGUUGAUAUGUCUUCUGUCUGCUUUGGUUAGAGGACCUGCUUUCUCCUUGCGGUCUUAGGGUUGGUCGGGAAGGUUCUAACAAAGGUGUCAGCAGACAGGCUGGGUGUCUGGUGAGGUAAGGUGUGGCCCUGGCCAGCUCCAGGCUCAGACUGUUGUUUGAUAACAAAAAGUCACGCCCAGUGGCUGAUUGGGGUGAUGAUGUCAUAAGGGUCUCCUAGAAGGCUUUUUUCCUUCUGUAGUGUACAACAGUAAAAAAAAAUCUGAUUCUUUGUUUAGAAUAUUUACUUUCUUGCAAAGUAGCUGAAGGAAGAUCUGGCUCUUCAAAGACAGAAUAUUUUGGUCUUGCAAAUGGUUCCCAGGAAAGAUGGUCCUGAUAUAACUGAGUUAUAGCCCACUAAUGGAGGGAAGUUAUAAGGGAGGGCAAAAUUAUUAGGGGAAAACAUUUUACAAUGGGGAAUCAGGAAUAGGAAUUCUAGGAGUGUGUAUGUAUGGGAAAGAGGUAGAAUACCAGAAAGUAUUUUAGGAGUAGGAAAUCUGGAUGCCAGGAAAACAUCUCAGGAUUUGGCCCUGGAGGAAGACAUGUAACUAGCUGUUCUUUGGGAGAAAAAGAUGAAACAUUCCAUUGGCAACAAUACAAUAAAAUACAGCAAUUUUAAGUGAGGCAAAUUACCCUACGUGCCCUGCCUCUUCCUUAUCAGUCUUGUCUCAGCCCUGCCUCAGUUUAGUAUGACUUUUCUCUUGGUUUUCUGAGCUGAUUUUUAAAAAUCUUAUUUUCUCAUUUCUCUCCGUUUCUCUUAUCCACAAGAGGGCAGUGGUAGUG